AUGGCCGAGCGUUCCAACUAUUGCAACCGUUUCGUUCCGUACGUCAACGCCUACUUCCAGUUCUUCCUGCUGGUUGGCCUCACGUUCCAAUUCAUCCUUCUCUACCUCAUUCGGACAAAGUCACCCGCCAGUUUGGCUCAGCUCAAAUACUUUCUCUACAACACUUCGUGCAUUCAGAUACUUGAGAUUCUCUGCGGGUACUUUACUCAACACAGGUGCGAAUUCUCUCGCCUUCUCUCCCAUUCCGACUCCUCUCAGAUCUCUCCCAAACACUACCACGUUCGCUGUUCUAGCUAACGGGCCCUGCCGUCUCUUCGGACCGUCCGUCUGCUUCGCCGGAUAUCAUGUUUUUUUGGUAAGCGUGGGAUCGGAACGAGAAAGACACGAACAACAACAAACUGGUUCCUCCUUGGAACAAUGAACACUUUCAGGGAGUUACUUUAUGCGUGGCUCUUUCGAUUUCGAACACGGUCAUCUACCGAUUUCUUAUACUGCGGAGAAGGAACGUCACAAAAAUACAUCUGAUGUACAUAAUCAUUGCUUCCAACGUGCCCGGAAUAUUCACAACUGUACCUCCCCGCUCACACCAGCCUCUCCAAUCUUUCCCAAUUCAGAUCAUCCCGUUCACAGACAGCUGGGACUUCCCGGUGGCCGUCAGUCAGACUUACUCGGAGCAUCCCACCUACGACCUCUCCUAUUAUGUCCCUUUUCCCGGAUUCGCCAACAUAAGCAGUGCUCAAUUCCUAUCUGCCACUUCUAUUCUAGCGAUCGGCGCCUACGGUAUCCCACUGAUAUCCUUCUUGCUCACUCGGAGCAUUCUCAAACUUAUUCGGGCCCACAGCAACAUGAGCACACGCACCAAAACACAAGCAAGACGUUGGUUCAUGUAAGUUGAAAAGGGAAAAGUAAAAUGGGAAACGAGCUGAGCGUGUGGGGCUUUUGUAAAGAAACAGACCGAAUACUGAAUAAUUCGUGGGAAUCUUCUCAUGUUUUCUCGACCUCGAUGCAUGAUUUCAGGGACUGGCAUGUCAGAUACUGAUUCCUCUCCUCUGCUACAUUCCGAUCUUCUCCGUCUACACCUACUCUCAGCUCAACCACACGGAGAACAUCGCUUCCGAGCAUCUGCUCAUGAUUUGACCUGUUUCCCAGCACUCAUUGACCCGUUCAUCUCGUUUUACUUCGUGGUUCCCUACCGGAACGCUCUUCUCCGAGUGGUCACGAAUAGGAAAGAAGAAGAAAAACCGAGCUCAAUGACAGUCGCAUCUACAGUAUCCAUUCGACAGAUUCACGUAAUGGCAUAAUGAAAGUGGUCAGUUAAAUAAAGACAACUCACCUGGAAACCUCCCAUGGUUCCGGAUCAAAUCGACCAAACAGUGCGAAUAAUGCGUCGAUAAAUGUACAAAUUUCGAGCGUCACCGCCGUGGGGCGCGAAUCGAAACGAUUAUCCAGCCGGACGGCGGAUUGUGGUAAUUUGUGACGAAUGGCGAGAGAGUGCGCGGGAGACCGAGACGCGGAUACUGCCGAACACAACAAAUCCAUUUUGUAAAGUUACAAAACGGUGAUGUACUCUCUCCGUCGCUAAUCGCAAAAAUACAGUGCCCAGCUCACAGUACACCCAAUCCUUUCGUAACCUUGCCACCCAAAGUGACGUGGUUGGCUAGACUAUCGGAUAUGGAAACGAAAAGAUGUGCAGCGCACGGUAAAUUUUUUUCUGGAGCGCAGUGGAGAGAGGAAGAAAGUUCGGCUCUCGUCCCGUGUACUGUCUGCUUGUUUCGCCGGCCCGCGGCACGCUUCACACGCCUUUUUCCGCGCGCCAAAACUUCUGAUGCGUGCUGUUCGAAGAAUACUGAGUCAUUUUUCCUAAUUUUCUGGGAAUGAUUUCAUUAUGAUUGAAACUCGCAAGCAGCAACGAAAAACUCGCGGAAAUGUCGAGGGGUCACUGCCAAAACAGCUUUUUUCAAAAUGCGACUGCUCGUGCGUGAUUUUUGUGUCUCUUUGUUAGUUUACAUCAUAAUGAACUCAUUCCCAAAAAAUCAAGUGAAAUGAAUCGGUAUUCGUCCGACAGUACGCAUCUGAAGUCUCAGAACAGCCAAGGAGCGCGCGCUCUCCAAGCCUUCUUCUGUGCGCCAAAACUUCAGAUGCGUCUAGAAACCUCCGCGAGACCCCAAAGAGAAAUUACCGUGCAGCGGAUUGCAGAGGACUGAAAACAGACUAGUAAAAUAAGAAAAUAGGGGCGUUGUGUUUCGUGUUUACAAUUGUGCUUUUCGUCGUUUUGUGCCGUGUUCCAGUAACCGGUCAGACACCAGGAGACGCAGGUUCAACGACUUCCAUUCAAUUGUUCUGCCCUCACCAAUAAUUGUUUGAUUUCUGAGAGAAGCCCCCCUUCUCUUUCAAUUGAAACGUCUUCGCUUGCCCGUCGGAAUCAUUGGAGCAUGAAUCAGAGGAAAGAGUGGACGUAUCAAGACGUCUAAAAACAUGGAGACUGAUUUUCUUGAAAUAGAUGCAGAGGGCGGAAAAAAGGGCAGCAGACGUAGAAGAUAUCAGCUGAGAUGCCUGUAGAUGUAGGUGGAUGAGGAUGAAUGAACUUCCGAGUAGGUCCGAUGAAGCAUAACGAAGAAGACCACGUAAGAUGAACCAGGGCAGUAUUGGGUAGAAAUGCGUGGGCGGAACAGCAAUGGCUACAGAAAAACAAGGUGGCAUUGCACGUUUUAAAAAACCUCAACGCUUUGCUUUAAUUGCCCAAUGUAAUACUGUGUUUAUGCUUCCAACUAGCCUAUCCUCCUAACGUAGCUCAAUCAGAAUCUCAGAGUUAAUCCCAAACAUGAACCGUCGUUACAUGUGCCCCCGGGGGAGCUUCUCCCACCUCAUAACGUCUGUGUCUCAAUGAUCAUUACAUCUGACCAGUGCCCAUUUUGGAUUCCUCCGAAUCAGCGCCCAUUUCGACUCGUCAAUUACGCUUCCAACCCGCCAACGACACAAUUCAUUCGAGUGUGAAAGGGUGUGAGAAUAUCAGCCGCCGUCCGUCCGAAACUUCUCGAAUCGCCUCCGUCACUCAUGACAGACUCGAAUCGCUACGUACCAUACUUUGAUAUUUACUAUUACUUUUACUUUGUGAUCGGAGUCAUUGCACAAUGCGUUCUUCUGCUGCUAAUCAAACGAGUAAGCCCGCCAAGUUUGGAUAGCAUCCGAUAUUUCCUGAUGAACACGUGGAUUGUGCAGUUCUCCGUCAUCUUCACGGCUUUCUUCACGCAGUCCAGGUACUUUUGAUCUGUAAAAAUGCUUUAUUGUUGAGAGAGUAUUGCAGAUGUUUACCGAAUACCACCUCCUACGCAGUUCUGCCGCGUGGGCCUUGCCGUUUCUUCGGUCCGAAUGCGUGCUUCAGUGGAUAUCACAUUUCGCUAGCCGUCUCCAUGGGCGUCGCUCUCUCCAUCGCAAACACAGUCCUUUUCCGGUAUCUUCUACUUCGUUUCCAUGGAUUUCACAAAACACAUUACUUGAUGAUGAUUGCUGCCUGUCAUAUUCCAUCUAUUUUCCUUGCGGUUUGUACUUUAUACUCCUUUCACUUCCCUUUCAUUCAUUUUCCUUCCAGAUUGUUCCGUUCCUUGACCACUGGGACUUCUCGGAAGCCCGCAGUCUCACUCUCAAAGAGCACCCGUCCUACGACCUUUCCCUCUACGAACCUUUCCCCGGCUUCGCAAACAUCCAGUCCUUGGCCUUCGUCACUGCAACUUCGGUAGUCGCUAUCGGUGCCUACGCAAUUCCCCUCGGCUCCUUCUUCAUUAUCUUCUCGAUUUCAUCGCUUAUCAACAGGAACAAGAGCAUGUCUGCGAGGACGAAGAUGAUUGCGAAACUGCUAGUCAAAGUACGAGUGCCCUUCCCCUCUUUUCUGUCCUAAUCAUCUCAUUUCAGGGACUCGCCUUCCAAACGAUUCUUCCGUUCCUCUCGUACACCCCAAUCGCAUCCUUCUAUCUCUACUCGCAAUUCACGGGAGAAGAAAUGCUCCUCACUGAGCACUUUCUGAUGCUUUGCUCGGGAUUUCCUGCCCUCUGCGAUCCGUUCAUCACUUCCUACUGUAUCAUUCCGUACCGUCAAGCAAUCAGUCGAUACAUCCAACGGAAGACACGUGGCGGAUCCGGCAACACAAGAAUAUCAACAAUUUCUGCACGCUCCGUUAACCUUCACGUCUUCUGA